AAGGGAGGAAGGAAUGGGAAGUCACCCAAGGCUGUCCAGGGAGCUGGGGGUGGGGCUGUUUCUGGAACCUAAACACACAUACCACCUCCCCUUCCUCUGACCCAAUGAGGUCUCGAGCUGGAAACCACAAACCCUCACUGACCCCACAGGAGCCAGCGUCUGGCUUCCCUCUGGCCACGUGCUGCAGACCCGGAAUGGGUGGUUAGUUGGUUAAUGCCAGUCUUCCUCCCCCGGACACAGAGUUCUGCCGACAGCCCCCCCCCCCCGCCGCCCCCCCCCCCCGUCAGAGCUCUACCUUAUACCGCUGGGAGUGGGGCUGGUGUGGAGCCUGGAGGUCACCCGCUGCCCUCCCAGGGCUGCUCCAGACAGCAUUAAGACCCUGCAGGGCGCAGGUGAGACUAACAGCUGGGAGAGCUGCUCCAGGCAUUUAGGACCUGGCUGGGACAGGUGAGUCCGCCCAGUGGGGGCAGGGCUCCCGGAACGAAGAUCCACAGUUGGAGUUGCCCCACCCUCAUGUCACCUGGAGAAAAACUGGACCCAAUUCCCGACAGCUUCAUUCUGCAACCGCCAGUCUUCCACCCGGUGGUUCCUUAUGUCACGACAAUUUUUGGAGGCCUGCAUGCAGGCAAGAUGGUCAUGCUGCAAGGAGUGGUCCCUCUAGAUGCACACAGGUUUCAGGUGGACUUCCAGUGUGGCUGCAGCCUGUGUCCCCGGCCAGAUAUCGCCUUCCACUUCAACCCUCGUUUCCAUACCACCAAGCCCCACGUCAUCUGCAACACUCUGCAUGGUGGACGCUGGCAAAGGGAGGCUCGGUGGCCCCACCUGGCCCUGCAGAAAGGCUCCAGCUUCCUCAUCCUCUUUCUCUUUGGGAAUGAGGAAGUGAAGGUGAGCGUGAAUGGACAGCACUUUCUCCACUUCCGCUACCGACUCCCACUGUCUCAUGUGGACACGCUGGGCAUAUUUGGUGACAUCCUGGUAGAGGCUGUUGGAUUCCUGAACAUCAAUCCAUUCAUGGAGGGCAGCAGAGAGUACCCAGCUGGACACCCUUUCCUGCUGAUGAGCCCCAGGCUGGUGAGUGAACCUCCCUCCUGCUCCAUCAGGGCUGGGGGCGCAGUCUGGGAGGUGCCCUGCUCACAUGCUCUUCCCCAGGGUCUCUGGCCCGGGCAGGUCAUCAUAGUGCGGGCACUGGUCUUGCAAGAGCCGAAGCAUUUCACUCUGAGCCUGAGGGACCAGGCUUCCCGUGCUCCUGUGACACUCAGGGCUUCCUUCACAGACAGAACUCUGGCCUGGAUAUCCCCCUGGGGGCAGAAGAAGCUGAUCUCAGCCCCCUUCCUCUUUUACCCCCAGAGAUUCUUUGAGGUGCUGCUCCUGUGCCAGGAGGGAGGGCUGAAGCUGGCGCUCAAUGGGCAGGGACUGGGGGCCACCAGUGUGAACCAGCAGGCCCUGGAGCAGCUGCGGGAGCUCCGGAUCAGUGGAAGUGUCCAGCUCUACUGUGUCCACUCCUGAGGAGGGUUCCAGGGAAACCCUGACAGAAAACAGGAAGGUCAGCCCACACCCAGGGCCCAGCUCUCCUCCCCUCAUUAAACCAUCCACCUGACACCCCCACAUCAGGCCUGGUUCACUUCUGGGCUCACGGGCCUGAGUCUGCAGGAGCUUUGGGCCUGAGGGAAGGCACAAGGGUGCAAAGGGUCCUCGGACUCUGCACCUUCCUCCACCAGGAGCCUGGGAUUUGGCUCCAUCUGCCUUCAGGGCCUGAACUGCAUUCACAGAGGCAGGUUUUGUAGACUAACAAAUAUACUCCAAAAUACAAUGGCUUAAAG